AUGGCAUCUACCGAUGUACCCCGUCGCAACCUGUCCAUACACCUCCGCAGAGGUCGCAAAGACGCCGACCGCAACGACUCGACCAGCUCGAUAGGAAGCGGGCCCAUGGACGACCAUGUCUCUAGCUCUAGCCUGAAGCCAGCCAUUGACAACGUCUUCGCCAAAGUCAAGGAACGAAGAGCCCGCAAGUCGCAAGACCUCCGCCGGAACAGCGACGACUCGUCCAAAGGUCUGCGUGGCCUCUUGCCAUCAUCCAAGAGGUCGCGCCGGAAGAGCAGCGCCCAGGACAGCGACCUCCUCUCGGCAUCGGGCGAUCUGAUGCCGGAACGUCAACGGGCUUCUUCCCCAAACCCCAGCGAGCUUUCUCUGGGCAACCAAGGCAGCGGGCAUAGCAGUCUACUGACCGAGGACGAAGACGACANNCAGCGUAAGUUCAUCCUUGUCAUUCCAUCCUGUGCCGUCGUGAUGCUAUUCAAGGUGAGGGCUAUGUGCCAAGGGUCCGAGCGCCGUGAGUCGUCGCAACGCCGAUCGCAACAACAUGGGAGUAGAGUGUCCACUUUUGGCUCUGCAAUCACAAUCGUCCAGGACCCUGGUGGCCCGCUCUCCUUUGCGUAUUGCUCCGUACACGUGCUGGAUACGCCAUACGGCUAUUGCUACUCUACAUAA